GCAGCUGCUGUGGGGGUCAUGCUGGUCCUGGUCCUGGUGGUCCUCAUCCCUGUGCUGGUCAGCUCCGUUGGCACGGGUGGCAUAGAUGACAGUGCGAGCCACUACGAGAUGCUGGGUACCUGCCGCAUGGUUUGCGACCCCUUCCCCAGCACGGGCACGACGGGCACAGGUGUGCACGCGGGAACAGAUACAGCAACCACAGGCCUACAGGUUGACAGCGACGCGGAUCUGAGUGAUCACAGCAUCGGCCCACCGCUGCCUACUUACAGUGCUCACGGCCCACAAGGCAAACCAGGCCGUCCGGGCAAGCCUGGACCCCCAGGGCCACCUGGAGAGCCAGGCCCACCAGGACCCAAGGGACCACCGGGAGAUGGUGUGGACAUUGUACGGACGGGGAUUCUAGGUUUAGGGGGUAAAGGGGCAGUUAGCACAACCACCUACAACACCAUGCCUCGGGUGGCAUUUUACGCAGGACUACGAAACCCUCAAGAAGGUUACGAUAUUCUACGAUUUGAUGACGUGGUGACUAACAUUGGUGGUAACUAUGAGGGCGCAACGGGCAAGUUCACCUGUAAGAUUCCCGGCACCUACUUUUUCAUCUACAACGUGCUGAUGAGGGGAGGAGAUGGCACCAGCAUGUGGGCUGACCUGAUCAAGAAUGGUCUGGUCAGGGCCAGCGCCAUUGCCCAAGACCAGGACCAGAGUUAUGACUACGCCAGCAACAGUGUCAUCCUUCAUUUAGACGCGGGCGAUGAGGUUUUCAUAAAAUUGGAUGGGGGCAAGGCUCACGGGGGCAACAGCAACAAAUACAGCACCUUCUCAGGGUUCAUCCUCUAUGCCGACUGAAGGCUGAACAGGGCGUGGGCUCAGAGGUGAAAGGCCGCCGCCAGAGGACAUUCACUUCCUGACUUUCGCUUGGAUCUCGCCGUACUGUUAAUGUUGCCCAUAGCCACCGAUCCGCAGUCAGAUUGUUUUCACAAAUGAUUAAGCUCAGCGUUGAUGCAGCGAUAAAGGCUGUGGAUCUGUGGUUGUCGGUAACCGUCUACACCACCUCAUCCAUACAUUCUGUUGUAUACAGGGUGCCUACGCCACUGUUCUGAUGGACGCGAGCUACGUAAAAGUGACAGUCACUGCCAUGUGUCAUGCUGAGGUACAGUAACAAUUCUGACAGU